AUGAAUAAAUUCAUCAAACUUUCAUUUGGUAAAAAUGGAAAUAGGAGAUUUUUUUCGUACCGAGGAUACAAAUUUGAUAAAAUUGGAGAGAGUCAGAGCCUAAGUGCUGAAGAGAUCCAACAGUUAGACAAAGUAAGUAUGGUUUCCCUGAAAACAUUAAAAAUACCUGACCAUGUAAGGAAUAAAUUAUAUAAUUUAGCUAAACAGUUCAUAAAAAAAAAAGAUUUGGAAAAAUUAGGCCGUUUUAUGGCCAAAAAAAUAACAAGUCGAAAUUGUGUGGAAUUGCCAAGAGUUCUGCCAUCCAAGUUAUUAUGUAGCACAGAAGAGGAAAAAAAUAAAAUAGAAAAAAUGCUAGAUAAAAAAUCUUACAAAUGCUUAAAAAAUUUUUUAUUACAUUAUAAAAAUAAACCAAAAGAAAUGGAACAAAUUGCUUUAGCACAUGCCGAAGACACUAGACAUAAAGUAAAUAUUUCUUUUUUUCCAGAAGCGUCUAUUGCAUAUACAAUACAUAAUUUUAAUGGGCAUUAUGGAAUUAUAUAUAGAAUACUAAAUGAAAUAAGAACACGAAUUACCGAUUUUACUCCGAAGUAUUUUUUAAAUUAUACAUCCGUACCAGCUGCUGGUAUUAUAGCUGCCCACGAAAUUUUUAAUUAUACUUUCGAUAUAAUUGUAACAGUUGAGCCAUCAGAGCAUUUAACAUCCAUAUCAAAAUAUAUGGUUGACAGUAUUCCAAAUGUAAAGCAUCAAAUGCAUUUAUAUGAAAAUGUUAAUUCCUUUGAUUUAAUUUUGUUGUCACAUACUUUAUUGUCAAUGUAUGAUUAUAAUUCGAGAAAUUUGUUUAUAAAAAAUUUAUGGAAUAGAUUAACAAAAAACGGCAUAAUAAUAAUUGUUGAACAUGGUACACCAACAGGAUUUCGUAUGCUCCAUUCAAUAAGAGAAAUGUUCAUUACAGAAUUAAAAUAUGAUAAAUUUCAUAUUGUUGCACCGUGUCCACAUGAAAGUAUUUGCCCAUUAUCAUUAACAGGAAAAGAUUGGUGUCAUUUUUCACAAAGAACACAUAGAUUAUCUCAUCAUAUUUAUUGCAAAGGUAGUCGUGCAAAAAAUGUGCAAGAAGAAAAAUUUUCUUACUUGGUCAUAAGAAAAUGUGAAGGACCCAGAACAAAAUAUCAAUCUGAGUCAGAAGCCUUAACUGUUCAGGAAAAAUCUUUUUUUUGGCCAAGAGUUGUCAUGCCAACAAUAAAAGCUGGGAAACAUGUUCUGAUUGAUGUUUGUUCUUAUCCAUAUAAUUUUGAAAGACUGGUAGUUACAAAAAGUUCACCAUCAAUUACAAAUAUGAAAACACAAAAUGGUACUAUUCUUAAAGGUUAUGGUUAUAAAAAUGCAAGAAAAUUAUUAUGGGGGGAUUUAUGGAGAUUUACAAAAAGGAUUAGUAGACCUGAUGCAAGACUUUACACCCCUGAAGCGACAAAGAAACAUUUAUAUCGUUUGUAUCAAAAACAGAAAAAAAGGCAAAAUGGCCAAGCAGUCGUUGACAGCAAAUCGGAGGGGUACUACACAUCCCGCGAGAUACAGUACUAUGGCACCUGA